GACUCCUCCCCUCUCCUUGGGGGGACUCCUGCAACCGGCGCCUCGCUGCCCCCUCCCCCAGCUCCUGCCCUUUGCAAUGAAGGCCCCCGUGAACUCUUCUCCUCCGUAGCAGGCGGCGGCCCGGGGCAGUGCAAAAUGCUGGGCAUGUACGUGCCGGACAGGUUUGCCCUGAAGUCGUCUCAAGUGCAGGACGGGAUGGGGCUCUACACGGCCCGCAGAGUGAGAAAGGGUGAAAAAUUUGGCCCAUUUGCAGGGGAGAAGCGAAUGCCUCAAGAACUGGAUGAAAACACAGACUGCAGACUGAUGUGGGAGGUUCGUGGGAGUAAAGGAGAGGUCCUUUAUGUUCUGGAUGCCAGCAAUCCACGAUAUUCUAACUGGCUGCGUUUUGUCCAUGAGGCCCCAUCGCAGAACCAAAAGAACUUGGCUGCCAUCCAGGAAGGGGAAAACAUUUUCUAUCUGGCUGUUGAGGAUAUCGAAACAGAUACAGAACUGCUGAUUGGCUACCUUGACAGUGACAUGGAAGAAGCAGAGGAAGAGGAGGAAGAAGUCAUUCUUAAUCAAGAAGAUGAAGACAACAACAACAGCAAUAAUAAUAAUAAUAACAACAACAAAGAACUACAGCAAGCUGGUGAGAGAGAUUCUCUUAGCUGCAAAGAGGACCACACAUGUCCAAAUUGUGAAUCCAGUUUUGCCAGCCAGGAGAUCCUAGCGGAACACCUUCAGACCCUGCACCAAAAACCUAGUGAGGAAAAGGAGUUUAAGUGCAGGAACUGUGGAAAGAAAUUCCCAGUGAAACAAGCCUUACAAAGACACGUCCUUCAGUGCACAGAGAAUGUCAAUCCAGGAGACACUUCAAGAAGUUUUCAGUGUUCUGUUUGCAAUACGUCCUUCAGCUCAGAAUCGAGUUAUGAGCAGCACAAAGAGGCAUGCAGAGGAGAUGCUAGAUUCAUAUGCAAAGCUGACAGCUGCGGGAAGAGGUUCAAGAGUAAGGAUGCUCUGAAAAAGCACAAGGAAAAUGUUCACACUGGAAAUUCUAGGAAGAAGUUGAUGUGCUCUGUGUGCAGUAAGAAGUGUUCUUCAGCUACAAAUCUUCAAGAGCAUCGAAAGGUUCAUGAAAUCUUUGAGUGUCAGGAAUGUGACAAGAAAUUUAUUUCAGCUAACCAGCUAAAACGCCAUAUGAUAACUCACUCAGAAAAACGCCCCUACACCUGCGAGGUUUGCAAUAAGUCCUUCAAACGACUUGAUCAAGUGACUGCACACAAAAUAAUACACAGUGAAGAUAAACCUUAUAAAUGCAAGCUUUGUGGAAAGGGAUUUGCCCACAGAAAUGUUUACAAGAAUCACAAGAAGGUACAGCACAGACAGCAGCACUGCAAGCUUCCCCACAGUGUCUCAUCAAUAUGUCUCAACCCUGUUCUGGAGGAACCACCUAUUGAGACCCACUCUGAAGAGAGACCAUUCCAGUGUGAGGAAUGCAAGGCUUUGUUCCGCACCCCGUUCUCUCUGCAGAGACACCUACUAAUACAUAACAGCGAGAGGACCUUCAAGUGUGAUCACUGUGAUGCUACCUUCAAAAGGAAGGACACUUUAAAUGUUCAUAUCCAAGUUGUGCAUGAUGGACAUAAGAAAUAUAAAUGUGAUCUGUGUGACAAAGCCUUUGUUACACCUUCAGUGCUUAAGAGUCAUAAAAAAACACACACAGGGGAAAAGGAGAAAAUAUGCCCAUAUUGUGGACAGAAGUUCGCAAGCAAUGGAACAUUAAGAGUUCAUAUUCGGAGUCAUACAGGUGAGCGCCCUUACCAGUGUCCUUACUGUGACAAGGCUUUCAGCAAGAAUGAUGGACUAAAGAUGCACAUCCGUACCCAUACAAGGGAAAAGCCAUACCAGUGCUCCGAGUGCAACAAGGCCUUCAGUCAGAAACGAGGCCUAGAUGAGCAUAUGAGGACCCAUACUGGAGAGAAACCGUUCCAGUGUGAUGUUUGUGAUUUAUCCUUCAGCCUGAAGAAAAUGUUGAUCCGACACAAACUGACGCACAAUCCCAAUCGUCCAAUGGCUGAAUGCCAGCUUUGCCACAAGAAGUUUACAAGAAAUGACUACCUCAAAGUUCACAUGGAAAAUGUCCAUGGAGAAACUGACAGCUAACUGUGGCUUAUGCAAGAAGAGUAUGUCUACUGUUGAGUGUUCCAUUUGUCAUGUACAAAAUCCAGACUGCUCACCUGUGUACUGAGCAGAGUCAGGCAAAAUAACUGUCAUAUGUUCAAAGUCUUUUUUUCCAUGUUACUAACUAAAGGGGUUUUUUAAAUCAAGUAAAACAGUUUGAAGAUUUAAAAAAAUAUAUAAACUUUUCUUUCUCUUAACCAAUUAUGUUUCCAGCCUUGGUAUCUUCAAUCUUGGGGGUAUUAUCAUGAGACUUUACAUACAUUGAGUUGUCCAAAGUUGCUGGAGCACAAUAAAAGCAACUGGAUGCCUUCUUAAAUUCAAUUUCAUCUUGACUAAACAGUGAUCUCACCCAAAGCCAUUUUAUACAGAUAUUAUCACCACAUUUUAGUGGAACUGUUUCUUUACACUUUUAGUGCCUUUAAUUAUUAGAUAAGUUGAUCUUGAGAUGCCAUGAUGCAUGGUACAGAAACUGCACUCUCGGGCACUUUAACUAGAAGAAAUUACAUCUUGCUUGCUGAUUGUUAGUCUAGUUCUAGACAUAAGUUCUUCUCAUUGUGUGAGACAAGCCAAGAGCAAAAGAUGUGAACAAUUUAGUUUUAAAAACCAUAUUCAUGCCCUCAGUAGUAACUGGCCUGGGCAAAUACAAUUGUCUUUUUAAGGCAAAAUAAAUGUGUAUUCAAUUUUCUGGGGAAAAUGAUGUUCCCUGAAGUUUUACUCUGUGCAAAGCAGCUGCCUUGAUUAUCCCAUUUAAACAACUUUAGUUUUCAUAAAACUGUUAAUGAGCACCAGGAAAAAAAAUACAGCCGCCAACUGAGUAAUACUCAAAUUCUCCCAGAUGUUAGAUUAAGAUUUGUAUUCCACAAGUUCUCACAAAGAAAAUAAUUUUCAUAUGCUAUCCAUGUUUGCUACUGCAUAAUGAAGAGCCCAUUUUAACCUAGCGAGACAGUAAAAAGCAUAACUCUAGAAGUAGAGUGCAUUUGAGAGGUCCAAAACAAUCCUGGAGGGGGUGUCACAGUUAAACAUUAGGGCGCUUUGCCUCUGUGCUCUCAUUCAUUUUAAUUUAUGCGGAUAAAUAGUCAUGAAUAAUUUGAAACUAUAUACCCUGUUCAUGCUAGAAGCUUAUCUCAGGUGCUGAUGGAAAAUGUAAACUUGCUCCUGGACUGCAACAGCGACCAGACAGACGAGCAAAAGGAAACAAGGCAAAAUCCUGGCCCCACUGAAGUCUUCACUAGGGACAGAAUUUCAAUGGUUUUGCGUGUGUUUUGGCUCCUGUUCCAUUGGAUAGCUAACAGUCAGUUCUCAGUAAAAUAGUUAAUUUUUCAAAAUAUGAACAGAACACCUCAUGAGUCCCAAAAGAAAGCACAGCCUGGCUAAGUGUGGUCCCAGGAAAGGAGUGCAAGGGGUUGUCCACAUUUCCCUGGUUGGCACCAUAUUUACUACAAGACUAUUUUUUGAACCCACCUCCAUGCAUACAAUUAUGUAACACCAUGUGGCAACUGUGGCAAUGGGUUAAAAUACAUUGUAAAAUGUCAUUGUGUAACUUGUCUUUUUCCUUAUUUUCAGCUAGUUAAUUGCAUUAAAAGUGCCAUCAUUUUGGGUCAGAACUAAAGUCCAUUGAAAUCUGUGGCCUUUUGUUCAGGCACCAUGUGAACAGCCAUGUGACAAGGAACCCUGUGCUUUAUAUGAAUGAUAUAUGGUCAGUAAGAAACUACAGUGCAUCAUCCAAAAACUAAAAACAGACACAGUAACAAGGCAACACAUAGGAUGCCACACUUACAUGUAAUUAUAAUGCUUGGCCAGUCCCAAGUUAUGCUACUGUGUCACGUAACUGACUAUCGGAUUCAUUAGUUUAACUGAGGAAAAAAUGAUCACCAUGCAUAUGUUGUCAUUUUAUAUUUGACAUUAACCUAUGAUGACAAUUUUAAUUAAAAUCGAACUUAUUUUCCUAUAUUUUAUAACAGUUUGUCUCAAUGUCAUAUUUUAGGUGCAAAGUAUGUGUUUCUUUUUAUAAUUCAGUAUUGAACAAUGGUUGAUGCAUUUUAUUGUCUUAAGUCAGGAAGAUUCAAUUAAAUAUAUAUUUUGAAAAUCAAACUCGAGUGGGACAUCUGUAAAUUUGGAAAGUGGAGAAUAAUUGGGAAUGUUUUCUUAGUUUGGCAUCACAAAGACUUAAGCGUGUGCAUAUAAAAAAUCAAAACAACAAAAUUAAAACUCUCAAAUGCCAAAAUAUGCAGGAAGAAACCUACAUUAUAGAAGUUUCACAAAGAUAUUUGAGAUAUUUGUCUCACUCACAUGCAAUAAGUUGUUUCUUCUUUUGGGAAAAGUUCUUAUGAAGAAGUUUACUGGCAAGGCUAUUUGCGAAGCAAAUUUUAAAUGAUCUUGCUCCUGGUAUUAGUACUAGAAACCUGAUACCAAGAGUUACAUAACCUAUAUUACUAUAUUUACAAUAUUGAACUGUAUACUGAGUUUAUAUCUAGUACUGAGCACAAUUAUAAACCUUGUUUUCAAUUGGCCAUAACUUUUAUUUAAAGAAAACCCUCUUCUUUCAAAGUAAAAAGCUUUCCAUUGUUUGCCUGAUACCACAUAUGAUUUUUUUUUAAUUUAAAGAAAAUGCCCUUAAAUCAAUUAGAAGCAUCCCAUUCUAUACAUAUCCUCCCAUCCCCAACACAUGUACACAUUUUUUUUGGCUCUUUGAUAGUCCAGUGAAGCAAAACAAAAGGAUUAAUUUAUUGACAUGAUUCAUAUCAUAUGUCUUGGGUCAGACACAGCCAACUCUUCCAAAACAAAACAUCACUAAAAGGAGACAAUCAUGUGAGGGAAGAAAUUAUACACUAACAAGUGUAGAUAUCUGCGUUUGUGCCUGUAUUGUGUAACUUCGUAAUGGGGAAUAUAAAAAGGGAAAAAUGGAAAGCUAAGAUAUGAACAAAGUCCAUCCCAAUGUAAACUGACGUACUCUUAAAGUUUUGUCUACGUAGAGUGCUGAGAAUGCUUGUAAGUGUAAACUACCUCCAUGAGGGGAACAGUUAACAGCUCUGGGAGCAUGGCUUUCAGGCUGGGUCUACACUAUAGAGUUUUUGUGCAAAAACUCGGAGUGUCCAUACCUCCUG